UGACAUGGCUAGUGAGAUAGAUCCUCGGAGCUUGACACGGCGAAGUCAUGGCGGCGAGCGAGAACUCAACGGCGGAGUGGGAGUCACAGUACCUCCAUGUCCUCUCUGCUUUCCUCGCCAUGGAACCGGUGGGUUCCGUUAUCGCUCUCGCUAGAGAGUGUAACGGAGGAUCAAUUACUGAUGGUGCCCAGAGAUUUUUGUGGGAAAUUUGCGUUAAAGCUGCUGCGAGUGGUAACGGUUCAUACGCCAAGAAGUUACUGAAGAAACUCAUAAAUGAAGUUGAGGUGGAGAAUGGUGAAGUAUUGGAUGAACUGUACGAGGAGUAUGCUCUUUACAUGUCAACUUCAAAGGAAGAUAUAUUGGCGAAAGAAAACAUUAGGAUCACCAAAUUUAUCUCUUUUCUUUUUCCCGAAGGUUCAUACAAACACCCAAGUUGUCCAUUGUCAAGGAAAUUAGUUAUUCAUCUGCAAUGUUCAUUGAACAUGCUUGAAGGAGGUACCGGGUGUUCCAUCUGGCCAUCAAGUCUGUUUCUGUCUGAGUUUGUUCUGUCAUUUCCAGAGUUAUUCGCCAAUAAAUCCUGUUUUGAGGUUGGCUCUGGAGUUGGCAUGGUCGGAAUUUGCCUUGCACAUGUAAAGGCCAAAAAGGUUAUACUAACAGAUGGAGAUCUUUUAACUCUGUCUAACAUGAGGCUUAAUUUGGAGAGGAAUCACUUAAACUAUGAUGACGAGCUGCUCAACCAAACCGGAGAAGCUCAGAGUACACGAAUUAAAUGCAUGCAUCUUCCAUGGGAAACUGCAUCAGAAAGUGAACUUAGCAAAUACUGUCCAGAUAUCAUUCUAGGUGCAGAUGUAAUUUAUGAUCCGUCAUGUCUCCCUCAUCUACUGCGGGUUCUAGUAGCUCUUUUAAGGAAACCAACCAAAAGAGACAAUGGCUCUCUCAAGACUGAAGACAACAGAGACGCACAACAAGGAUGUAGCCCCAAAGUGGCCUAUAUCGCAUCUGUGAUCCGCAAUGCAGACACGUUCAACGCCUUUCUGACACUUGUGGACCAAAUGGACCUUUCCAUCACGGACGUGACUGCUGAACUGACACCUCGCUUCGAGCUUUUACCGUAUAUGCAUUCGUAUGACCGCUCAAGUGUUCGGCUCUUCUCUAUAUCCUCCAGAUAAUGUAUCAUUCUUUCAGAAGCACUUUAGUUUCUUUACAAUUUGAAAUCAAAGAUUCUUGGUCCGUUGAUCGAAACAUUUUCCAUGGUUUGGUGGAUGAAAUCGCGGUUGUUGCUAGAAAACGCACCGGUUCUGAUAUAUUUACUCUUGUUCUCUGACA